AUGGAUAUUACAAGGGGGAGCUUGGAUAAAAUUUCAAGGCCUGCAUCUAGCUCAAGGGCUUAUCCUAAUUGUAGAUCUUUAAGUACAUCUAUGGAAUUAUUAACACCAGAGUCACAUUUGCCAAAGGUUGAUUCACCUGUCAGCUUGGCUGUUAGUCAUCAAAGAGGCAGUCUACGAGACUGCUGUCCAGAAGAAAACAAAGGAUGUAUCUCUAAUUCAGAUUCUGGAGAUGAUAGCACUGAAACACAGACUUUGAAAUUCUGUGAACCUUUCCAAGGAGAACUAAGUAAUACAAAAGCAGCAAACUCUUCCAACUUGGAAGAUUCUGAAGAAACAGAUGUAGAUCCUCAGAUUCAAGCAGCUAUAAAGAAAAUGAAUAAACUUGACACAAUACUGGCAAAAAAACAUUUUAAGGAGAGAGCAGUUAAAAAGCAAGGCAAAGAAAUGAGGGCAAAGCUCUGGGAAGAGCUUCAGUCUAUCGGUACCACUGGAAGCCAUGAGGAGGUAGAAAACACAAAACUUUUUUUAGCUUUGAUUUCAUCAUGGCAAGAUACAGCUGAUCCCUCUCAUGCUAAAGAAGAUGAAAUAUGUACUUCAAUAUUUCACACACAAAUUAAUCCAGAAGAUUAUGAUUGCCAUAAGCCCCAACAUAAUCAGGAUUAUCCAAGUGAAAUAGAAACAAAUGAGUUUCUUAAUCAAGCGGAAAAAAUGCAUAGCAAAAGUAAGGCCAAUCAGGAUUUCAUUAAAAAGAACAUUGAGCUGGCAAAGGAUUCAGGAAACCAGACUGUUAUGCUUGAGGGAGAAAGGAAAAGGUUAAUUGAACUGUUGAAAGAUACAGAAGAUGGAAUUGAAUUGCAAGGUCUUGAGGAGGAUGUAUCUGGCUGGCUGGCACCAGGAGAAGGGUACACACCUGAACCAAUGGAAUUUCAUCACCUAAAUGAGAUAGAUAUUAAGCUUCAAGUACUACUAUCUGAUGGGGAUUUUUCUGUGAUUUCCAGCCCUUGCUCAAAACCUCCAAGCCAAAUUUAUCAGGAGUCUCUGGUUUAUGCAAACAGAAGCCUAAAAGCACUUCCAGGUGAAAAGGUUCUGCGAGACAAUAAGGAGCAACGCGAUCAACAGAAUCGUCUGAAAGAAAUAGAUCAUCAGCUGAAAUCCCUAGAGACAAAUCUUACUGAAGAACAAAUGUGCCUCUCUGAAGAGCAGCUUAAGACCCUUCUGGAAGAAUGUAUGCAGCCUCAGAGAACAAUAAGCAACGUUACCAUGCCAAAGUCUCAGGAAUCUCUUUCUUGUGGAUUAAGUCCCCCUUGUUACACAAGUCAAGAUUCCACUCUUCACUCCACAUCUACUCUUUCCAAAAUGUUAGUUGAAGACCAUAUUGUAGGGAUGUUAACGGCUCAGGAAAAGGCUGGACUCGAAGACAAAAGCUUAUGUGUUAAUGCAGAGAGUGAAAUCCUUGGCUACUAUAUCAGCAAAGCAUUGGCUGAUAGUCACUUAUCAAAGGAUUCACUGGCCCAAACAGAGGAACCUGAUGACCUAGAAGGUUUACAGAAGAUGGGAGAUAAGAGUAUUACUGAAGGUUACUUUAUGUCAAGAGCACUCAACACAAAAAGGCCGAAGAAACCUUCUUUCUUGGGUGAACCAUUAUAUCGCAUCAGCAUGAACAAUGAGCCAUCCACAGAGGCUGACAUUCUCAGCAUACCACUGCAAACCAAAGGAGGUGAGACCCUUAACAACCCUUUAGAACAGGCUUUUGAUUAUGAUGAAAAAACCCAAGCAGGUUCUCACCAAAGAUGCAAGCAUCAGAAGAGUGGAGCAGAAGAAGAAGGGGGUAGUCUGCUCCAGAGAAGAGCAGCGUGGCAGUGGUGGUGA